UACUGGCCACAGUGUGAACGUCACGCGUUGAGCGGCGCAUGGAAGUUCGUCACAGUCGCUGUUGGACCUGCUGGAGCUUUCGUGGUUCUGAUCGGUUCCAUUUUUGUUUGGGUUCAAAUUCGCAGUGUCGACCACACAGACAGUUACCGGUAAACAAAUACCGUGAGGAUUUUAUUCAUCUGUAGACGAACACCGGAAAUCGCUCAGUAAAGCGAAAGUUAAAGAGUAAAUAUGAGUGUGGAGGCGUACGGGCCGAGCUCCCAGACCCUCACCUUCCUAGACACCGAGGAAACGGAGUUGCUCGGAGCGGACACCCAGGGGUCUGAGUUCGACUUUACCGACUUUACACUUCCCAGCCAGACUCAAACUCAAGGCCAGACCCAGAGCCAGCUGGACAACCAGGUAAACGGUCCCGAUGAUGGUCUUCUCAACGGUAGCGUGGAUGACUCUGUGGCCAAAGCCAGCCAGCUGUUGGCCGAGCUCAACUUUGAGGAGGAUGAAGAAGACACAUACUACACCAAAGACCUGCCUGUGCACGCAUGCAGCUAUUGUGGUAUCCACGAUCCAGCAUGUGUGGUGUACUGCAAUACCAGCAAGAAGUGGUUCUGUAAUGGACGCGGCAACACAUCUGGCAGUCACAUCGUAAACCACUUGGUGAGAGCCAAAUGCAAAGAGGUGACACUCCAUAAAGAUGGGCCACUGGGCGAGACUGUGCUGGAAUGUUACAACUGCGGCUGCCGCAACGUCUUUCUCCUGGGUUUCAUUCCGGCCAAGGCUGACUCCGUGGUGGUGCUACUGUGCAGGCAGCCCUGUGCCAGCCAGAGCAGCCUGAAGGACAUCAACUGGGAUAGCUCGCAGUGGCAGCCACUGAUCCAGGACCGCUGCUUUCUGUCCUGGCUGGUGAAGAUCCCGUCCGAGCAGGAGCAGCUUCGUGCCCGUCAGAUCACAGCCCAGCAGAUCAACAAGUUGGAGGAGCUCUGGAAGGACAACCCCAGUGCCACCUUGGAAGAUCUGGAGAAACCAGGAGUGGACGAGGAGCCCCAGCAUGUGUUGCUGCGCUAUGAGGACGCCUACCAGUACCAAAACAUUUUUGGCCCUUUGGUCAAACUGGAGGCUGACUAUGAUAAAAAGCUUAAGGAGUCCCAGACUCAAGACAAUAUAACAGUCAGGUGGGACCUGGGACUGAAUAAAAAGCGGAUUGCCUAUUUCACACUACCCAAGACGGACUCAGGUGAUAUGCGGCUGAUGCAAGGUGAUGAGAUCUGCUUGCGGUACAAGGGAGACUUGGCCCCGCUGUGGAAAGGCAUCGGUCAUGUCAUCAAAGUCCCAGACAACUAUGGGGAUGAAAUUGCCAUUGAGUUGCGGAGCAGUGUUGGAGCACCUGUGGAAAUUCCCCACAACUUCCAGGUGGACUUCGUAUGGAAGUCCACUUCCUUUGACAGGAUGCAGAGCGCCCUGAAGACGUUUGCGGUGGACGAAACCUCCGUGUCCGGCUACAUUUACCACAAGUUGCUCGGCCACGAGGUUGAGGAUGUCACCAUCAAGUGCCAGUUGCCAAAGCGCUUCACUGCCCAGGGUCUUCCCGACCUCAAUCACUCACAGGUGUAUGCUGUGAAAACGGUGCUGCAGAGGCCUCUCAGUCUGAUCCAGGGUCCUCCUGGCACUGGGAAAACUGUCACCUCAGCCACUAUCGUCUAUCAUCUGUCCCGACAAGGCAAUGGACCAGUACUGGUGUGUGCUCCCAGUAACAUUGCUGUGGAUCAGCUGACUGAGAAAAUUGACAAGACUGGACUGAAGGUCGUCAGGCUGUGUGCCAAGAGCAGAGAGGCCAUCGAGUCCCCAGUGUCCUUCCUGGCUCUGCACAAUCAGAUCAGCAACAUGGACAGUAUGCCAGAACUUCAGAAACUACAGCAGCUGAAGGAUGAGACCGGUGAGCUGUCAUCUGCUGACGAGAAACGCUACAGGGCUUUGAAACGAACUGCUGAGAGGGAGCUGCUCAUGAAUGCUGAUGUUAUCUGCUGUACCUGCGUCGGGGCCGGUGAUCCACGUCUGGCCAAGAUGCAGUUCCGCUCCAUCCUGAUUGAUGAGAGCACACAGGCUACUGAACCAGAGUGUAUGGUGCCCGUGGUGCUCGGAGCCAAGCAGCUAAUCCUGGUGGGUGAUCACUGCCAGUUGGGCCCUGUGGUGAUGUGUAAGAAGGCAGCCAAAGCAGGCCUGUCCCAGUCCCUGUUCGAACGCCUGGUGGUUCUCGGGAUCCGUCCUAUCCGCCUGCAGGUCCAGUACCGCAUGCACCCGGCUCUCAGUGCCUUCCCCUCCAACAUCUUCUAUGAGGGCUCCCUGCAGAAUGGCGUCACUGCAGCUGACCGCAUCAAGAAAGGCUUUGACUUCCAGUGGCCGCAGCCGGACAAGCCCAUGUUCUUCUAUGUGACUCAGGGUCAGGAGGAGAUUGCCAGUUCUGGAACCUCGUACCUUAACAGGACGGAGGCUGCCAAUGUCGAGAAGAUCACCACCAGGCUUCUGAAGGCCGGAGCCAAACCCGAUCAGAUCGGCAUCAUCACCCCGUACGAGGGUCAGCGCUCCUACCUGGUCCAGUACAUGCAGUUCAGUGGUUCCCUGCACACCAAACUCUAUCAGCAAGUGGAAAUUGCCAGCGUGGACGCCUUCCAGGGCAGAGAGAAGGACUUCAUCAUCCUGUCUUGUGUUCGUGCCAAUGAGCACCAGGGCAUCGGCUUCCUGAAUGACCCACGUCGUCUCAAUGUGGCGCUGACCAGAGCCAAGUACGGCGUGAUCAUCGUGGGGAACCCCAAAGCCCUCUCCAAGCAGCCACUGUGGAACAACCUGUUGAACAACUACAAGGAGCAGAAAGUCCUCGUCGAAGGGCCUCUCAACAACCUGAGGGAGAGCCUCAUGCAGUUCAGCAAGCCCCGCAAACUUGUCAACACCAUCAACCCUGGGGGGCGUUUUAUGAGCACUGCGAUGUACGAUGCCCGUGAGGCCCUCAUCCCUGGCUCUGCCUACGACCGCAGCAGUGCUGCUGGACGUCCAUCCAACAUGUACUUUCAAACCCAUGACCAGAUUGGGAUGAUUGGGGCGGGCCCUGGGCACAUGGCUGCCAUGAAUCUCCCCAUACCCUUCAACCUGGUGAUGCCGCCAAUGCCUCCGCCCAGUUACCAGGGUCAAACCAAUGGCCCCGCUGCAGGUACGCUUCAGGGUCGCGGAGCUAUGAAGGGUAAGCCUGGGCGUGGUGGACGUCAGAGGGUCCGUGGCUCAGGAAACCAGGGUGCCAGUCAGGGUAACGGACCAAACAGCCAGGCCAGCCAGGACGGGGCCUCCCAGUCCUUCUCCCAGGGGCCACUGACACAGGGCUACAUCUCCAUGAGCCAGCCCUCUCAGAUGAGCCAGCCUGGCCUCUCCCAGCCGGAGCUUUCUCAGGAUAGCUACCUGGGUGAUGAGUUCAAGUCCCAGAUCGAUGUGGCUUUGUCCCAGGACUCGACUUACCAGGGUGAACGUGCAUACCAGCAUGGUGGAGUAACCGGACUGUCACAGUAUUAGAGUGUCACUUGAAGAAGGGAGCUAGGCUUGAGCUGAGCUUAGUUCGUCGGCUUUUUAAUCUGGGAAAUAAUAAAAACAUAAAAUGGAUACCUGUUUUCCUCUGCUACAACCGAAGCACCACUGAGUGAAAGCGACGGGAUAGCGAAACCAAACCAAUGACCAGCAAGAGACAUCAGAGGGUAGAAGAAGAAGAAGAAGAAGAGGGCACGAACAGACGGACAGGGAGAUGCCAAGAGAGGCCGAAUGAACAAGCGAGAGGCAGCGAUUGAUGUCCGUGCAAAGCGAAGGAGGGAAGUCGAGAAACUGGCAGCAUGUGGUCGAGCUGCUGAGGGAAACGGGGGAGACCUCCCAAUGGUCUCAUGGGAUUCCAAAUGAGGCUCACCUCCCAACAAAACAAUCCAGCCAGCCCCUUCAGCCCACAGCCUCCAGGAAAGGAAGGAAAGCUGUCUCAUCUCCAGAUGCCGUUUGAAGCUUUCCAGGUGAAUUUGAACAACUUGUUCUCCAAACUUGCAGGGAAGGGGGGGGCGCGUGGUUUACAGAAAGCCAUCGGAACAGGCAACACAAAAUCCCCAUGCUAAAAGUCGGUUGUAUCUUUUAAAAUUUGGAUUAUCAUGAGAGGAGAGCGGCACCAACAAUCUUCUAUUGGGCUCAAGAACCUCAGCAGCCUCUGAAGGAUGAAGCACUCGACACACCCUUUCGGAGAGGAAAUAAAAACACGGUUUCUGUGCUUGAGUCUGAGAUUAAAGAGCCUUGAAUUGAAAUACCUUUCAUUUGCCUUGAGAACCACUGGUUCACUCACGAGGUCUUUAAUGGGAUGGUUUCGACCACACAUCAGUGGUGGAGUGGCACGGGGACUUCAGGCUGUUUUUUUUUUUUUUUCUUUUUUCUUCAAGGCAUGGCGCGCGAAUCCCACCGAUAUCGCGAUCAUCAUGGGACAGGUUUUUCUUCUCUGAAGUACCUUUCUUAUCACAGAGCACAAAAUUGCAAAAAAGUCAUUGAAACUAUCAAACAUGACCAGCAUUGAAUAUUCAAUGUCAUUUGAUGUUUCAGUGAAGGCUUUUCCUUAUUCUAAUCUUUCGAGAGCGGGGGUUGUUGAUGUCCCACCGUGCUUCAUGACCGGAAGUCUUUUCUAAAACACUCUGUGUACGUUUAGAUUGGCAAGUGCUUGGAUGCUUUGCGUCGAUCGAUUCCUCAGGGGAUUGUGGACUGUCCACACUCAUCACACAAACCCCUGCUUGAGGUGAAAGAAACCAAACGAGGGCAAAAGAAGGAUGAUGAUAGCUGAGGCUUACAGGUGGUCAUGGCAAUCAAUUCACCACAGGUAAGGAGUAGAAAAGGAAGGUGGCUGGGGAGGAGAGCGUUUCCACAUCUGGAAAACAAGUUUCAGGUCUUUACCAGGGUUCAACAUGUAGUGGGAAACACGGCGUCAGUCCCAGUAGAAGACCACACCUUGAGGGAGUUUUAAACCCAGAGUCAGUUCACACUGCAAUAUUGAGUUUGUGAAUAAUGUUCACAUCACAAGCAAUACAGCCAGACUGACUGACAUUGCCCAGCCACACAAAUCUAAAUGUAAUUAAGGGUUCAAAAAAAUGAAGACUCGGUUUAAUCCUGUAGUUAAAAAAAAAAAAAAAUCAGCGUAAUCUUGAAAUGUCUUUGGCUCCUUUGUGGAUUCAGA